CCUCCAUUUCUCUCUCUUCGUGAAUAUCAAAAACCUCUGGCAGUUCGGUGGUGAUAUUCGUGCGUACCUUUUCUUCUCUCGCCUGCUAAAUCUUGAUCCUCAAUUUUUCGAGCUCAUUUGCAGUUGUUGGAGACCAGAGGAGGUAAAGGAGCAGGUUGCUGCCAUGGAUUUGGAAGGCAGUCCUUCUCUUCUUAAAUUUCAUAUGCCAGCUGAGUGGGAACCGCACUCCCAGUGUUGGAUGGGCUGGCCUGAACGGCCUGAUAAUUGGAGGGAUAAUGCAGUACAUGCACAACGUGUAUUUGCGAAGGUGGCGUCUGCAAUCUCAAAGUUCGAAUGUGUGACUGUCUGUGCUAGUGCCUCCCAGUGGGAAAAUGCGCGCAGUCAGCUACCCGCAAAUAUCAGGGUUGUUGAACUAGGAAUGAAUGACUGCUGGUUCCGUGAUACUGGACCCACUUUUGUUGUAAGGAAAAGAAUCUCAAAUUCUGGUACUUCAGUGGAAUCUGUUGCAGGAAUUGAUUGGAACUUCAAUAGUUGGGGAGGUGUUGAGGAUGGUUGUUACACUGAUUGGAGUCUUGAUCUUCAGGUUGCUUGGAAGAUCCUGAAUAUUGAGAAGCUUCCUAGAUUUUUGAACAAAAUUAUUCUUGAAGGUGGAAGCAUCCAUGUAGAUGGGGAAGGAACUUGCCUUACCACAGAGGAGUGCCUCUUGAAUAAAAAUAGAAAUCCACAUUUGUCAAAGGGUCAGAUAGAGGAUAUACUUGAGGAUUAUCUUGGGGUCAAAAAGAUCAUUUGGCUGCCUCGCGGACUAUAUGGCGAUGAUGAUACAAAUGGUCAUAUUGAUAAUAUGUGCUGUUUCGUUAAGCCUGGAAUGGUUCUGUUGUCCUGGACUGAUGAUCAGACAGAUCCCCAGUAUGAACGGGCUAUAGAAGCAUUGUCUGUUCUCUCAAAAGCUACCGAUGCCAAAGGUAGGAAAUUGGAAAUAGUAAAACUCCAUGUGCCAGACCCACUUUAUUUGACAGAUGAAGAGGCUGCAGGAAUUUUCCAGGAUGGUGAUGCUAAAGCAAGACCUUCCGGUACGAGACUGGCUGCCUCUUAUGUAAACUUCUACAUUGCCAAUGGAGCAGUUAUUGCACCUCAAUUUGGGGAUCAGAAGUGGGAUGACGAAGCUGUCCGUGUCCUAGCCAGAGCAUUUCCAAAUCACCAAAUCGUUGGAAUUGAAGGUGCCAGAGAGAUUGUUUUGGGAGGUGGAAAUAUACACUGCAUUACUCAACAGCAGCCAGCAAUAACUUCUGCACCUCUAAAACCAGAGUGAACCAUUUGGUUUAAGCCAGCAAACACUGGCAUGAACGGUGAGAGGAACAAUAGGUACAUGUACCAAUACCCAUUGGGACUAAAGGGGUUUAUGUCGGCGAACGCCGGGAGUUCUUUGGGGAA